GACCCGGAAAAGCCCACAAAUUCAUGCAAAUCAAGAGGUUCAAAUCUUCGUGUUCACUUCAAGAAUACAUGUGAAACUGCCCAGGCCAUCUAGGGUAUGCAUAUCCAAAAAGCCACCAAGUAUGUGAAAGUUGUCACUUUGCCGAAGCAAUGGGUGCCAUUCCAACGCUACAAUGGUGCAGUUGGUAGAUGUGCCCAGGCCAAACAGUGGGGCUGGACACAGAGUCGCUGGCCCAAAAAGAGUGCUGAAUUUUUACUGCACAUACUUAAAAAUGCAGAGAGUAAUGCUGAACUUAAGGGUUUAAAUGUAGAUUCUCUGGUCAUUGAGCACAUCCAGGUGAACAAAGUCCCCAAAAUGCGGCAUAGAACUUACAGGGCUCAUGGUCGGAUUAACCCAUACAUAAGCUCUCCCUGCCACAUUGAGACGAUCCUUACUGAAAAAGAGCAGAUUGUUCCUAAACCAGAAGAAGUUGCACAGAAGAAAAAUAUAUGGCAGAAGAAACUGAAGAAACAAAAACUUAUGGCCAAGAAUAAAUUAUGCAACAAAUAAAUGCAAAUAAAAGUAAAAACAGAACACUGGUUGUCUUUAUUAUUAAACAUAUUUCAAGUAUCCUCACAAAAUGGAUCAAAUAGGUUUUCUUCUGAUUAGAAUUAGAAACAGAUUAUUCUGUUAGCACUGUGCCACUAAUUUUGGUUCAUAAACAUGUUUUGAAAAAAUAAAUUUAAUUUAAUUUAAUUAACUGAUU